CUGGAACUCUGUUUUCUUGUUUCUAGCGUCGCCUCUAUCGUUCAUUUUUGGUAGUGUCGUUCAUCUCUGUCCGUGCAACUCUUCAUUGUUCAUAUAGCCUCAGUUCUUCUGAAGCCAAACCUCAAAGGGCAGCGGAAGCAGCGGAGCCGGUGCCCAUCUGUUCUCCUCGCAUGGCUGAUAGAUGCUCUUAAGGAUUCAAAGGGUUAGUUGAAAGCUAUGUCACCUGAGUACGGGGUGCGGGUGCCAGAGCGGCACAUCCCAAAAAAUUAAAGUGUAGCGGUGCGGCGAAGAGAAAACUGAAUCAGCAGAAUGGCGUGCAAGCAUUCCUUGUAGAGGUUGGAGGUUCUUCCUACACAUUGAGUCUCCCGAGGGAAGCUCCUUGGAUAAGUAAAGGGAAGACUGGUCUUUCAGUUUUUCUGCUCCUCCUUUUCUGAAUUUGCAACUCUUCUGCUCAUUCUUCAGGAAAUAAAGAGAACAACUCCCGUCAAAGAGGCCUUACGCUGCCUCUGAAAGGAGAGGGCUUUCAUGGGUUGUUUCCUGACGAAGCCUGUGGAGAGGCCUCCUGGUUACGAGGACCCCGUUGCUCUUGCCUCGCAGACUAAUUUUACCAUUAGCGAAAUUGAAGCAUUGUACGAGUUGUUCAGAAAGUUGAGCAGCACCAUAGUCGAUAAUGGGUGCAUCAACAAGGAAGAGUUUCAGCUUGCUCUAUUCAAAAACAGCGAGAAGCGCACCCUCUUCUCAGAUAGGAUAUUCGAGUUGUUUGAUUCAAAACAUAACGGUGUAAUUGAGUUUGGUGAAUUCGUACGUUCAUUGAGCAUCUUUCAUCCAAAUACACCUGAAGCAGAGAAAAUUUCAUUUGCCUUCCAACUGUAUGAUAUAUGGCACACUGGCUACAUUGAACGUGGAGAGAUGAAAGAGAUGGUGAUGGCACUAGUAAGUGAAUCAGAAAUGGAUCUCCCUGAAGAUAUUAUUGAGUCCAUUGUUGAUCAGACCUUCACAGCCGUAGAUUCAAAGGGUGAUGGAAAGAUAGAUCAAGAUGAGUGGAGAGAGUUUGUAGCUCGUAAUCCAUCUUCAAUUCAGAACAUGACUGUUCCAUAUCUAAAGGGAGACAUCACGGCUGCCUUCCCAAGUUUCAUCUUUAGAUCAGUGGUGGAAGAUCGCAAAUUAUGUCAAGUGGUGAGAAACUGACCUACUAGAAAGAGAUCAACGUCUCAGCAUAUGGUACAACACUAGCAAAUCCUCAAACUGUAAUGAGCUCGGAAAAUAGAAGUCGAUCUUCUGUUUCAGAAUUUGUGCUUUUUUUACAAAUGUCCUGUAAAUAUGCACGUUUUUAUGAUUUUCAUGUUGCUUGCUUGCCGGGCCUACACUAGACACUGGAAAUACUGUUGUAAACAACUGACUACUAACUUAUGAAUUACAGCAAUAACAGUCAAUAGUA